UGCAGCUAUAGAUACAGCAUGCAUGCGAAUUGAUGUUGAACAUGUGCCAAAGCUUUGCGCUGCUGUUAGCUGCCGCGAGGGCAACAACAACGACGACGUUGCCAUUUGAUUUUGGCCAAGUUAAAUAAACAGGGCAAAAAACACACAUACACACGCAGAGCCAUUUUUCGCACACGCUUAUAAAACAUAAAUAAGGCUAAGAGAGAGUUGUCAACAAAGUGUUUUUUCCCCUUAAGCAUUUGUCCAACAAAAAUGGCCGCGCCCAUCGACGAAAGCGUUCUAAAUGCGCUGCGUGGCGUUACCAGCGCUCAGACACGUCUGCCUAAGCCGCUGCUCAUCAAAAUCUAUGUCGCCAGCCUCAAGCAGGAAUUCAAUCAGGAGCGCCGCAUGCUGCUCGAACUAGUUGGACCCGAACUGCAAACACUCUACGAUGAUCGUCAAAUUGAGCUGGAAAUUGUGGACAUGCACUUUGGCACUGGUGCUCUGGAGGUGACACAGCUGGAUCGAGAUCCGUAUAUGCUUGCCGACUAUCUACAUGAGAUCGACACUUGCCACGCACAUUCGAAAAGUGUUUUCUUCUUGGCACUAAUUGGCGAUGGCAUUGGACGUACGCCGUUGCCCACGCACAUCGAUGCGGACAUCUAUGCAGCUGUGCUGGCUGUGGAGCAUGUAACAGCACAGGACAAAGAGCUGCUAGCUCGCUGGUAUAUCGUUGACAAUACACAAAAGCAGCAGCAGCAGCAGCAGCAUGUGCUCAAACGAGACUAUUGCUCGUUGACCGCAGAUGAGUGGCUGGCAGAAUCACGACAGCUGCAUCAAGUGCUGGACAGAUCUUUACAGCAUCUGGCGUCAACAACAAAGGCAGAUGUGCUGCGACGUGUGCAACUGCUGCGACGCACUCAAAUCGAACAGGAAGUGCAGCAGGCAAUGGCACAUUCGAGCGAAAAGAUAUUGGCCGUGUUCCGUGAGCGGGCGGCACAGAGCAGCGGAAAGGACGUGGAGGCUGGCGAACGAUUGCGCAAAAUCAAAGACGAGCUAACCAUGAAUCUAUCAACGGAUAAUCAUACGACGCUAGUUGUGCCGGGCAACGCCAGCAGCGAGGCCAUCGAUCCGGACAACGAGGACCACGAGGCAUAUUUAAGUAAAUUCAAGAACAAAGUCACCGACAAGUUGCGUCUGCUAAUCGAGGCGCACAUUACAAAUGAUCCCGAUGUAAUCAAGGGGAGGAAAAAGACUGUGCAGGAAAUCUUUCACGAACAUGCCACACAUUUGCGAAUAUUGCGCGAGCACACCGAGCGUGUGGUGCUCUUAGAGACGCGUGUGCCGGCCCAGUUGCGACAGAAUUUGAUGGCGAAUUUCAGGAAUGGCAGCCGACAUGCUCCCUACUUUAUAUGCGGUGCCCAUGGCAGCGGCAAGAGUGCGCUGAUUAGCGCCCUCUAUGGCCAGGUGGGCGGCUGGUUCAGCUCGACGCGCGUGCAUCGUGUCAUACGCUUCGCGAAGGCCACGCCCCGUUCGGCAUACAAUUUGGAAUUGUUGCGCGUCAUCUGCCAGCAGAUUUCGAUUAUCUUCAACAUACCCGAGGGCUAUUUGCCCAAGGACGCCUCCUUCGAUCCGCUCUACAUCAGCAACUGGUUUCAGAAUCUGUUGCGUCGCAUCGAGGAUAUGAACAAUGAUGUGCUCUUCCUGUUCAUUGAUGAUCUGCAUCUGCUGAAUCCGUUGGACUGUGACAUUGUGGCCGCGCUCUCCUGGCUGCCCACAUCGUUGCCCUGGAACGUGCAGAUCAUCUGCAGCUCGACCACGCCCGUCGAACAGCUCAAGUUUACGCCCAUGCAGCGCGACCGCUUCAAGUCAGUGGAAUAUCAAUUCGUGCUGUCCCAAGAGGCCAAUGCCACGCAACUGCAAAGGCCAGCCGAAUGCGCCGUCGACGUGGACUUUGUGACCUAUGUGGAGCAGCAGUUCGACGAGCUGGAGCAACAGUAUGGCAGGCAGGCGGUGGCCAGCUUGGCUGCCUACAUAACCUGCUCCGAGUAUGGCCUAACCGAGACGGAGCUGCUCGAGCUGCUUAUGCCCACCGAUGAUCCCGAGUCGCUAAUCGACACGCACAACGGACACUUCAGCUUCGCCAGCUUCAAGAAGAUACACAAGCAAAUGGACCAGCGACUGCUGCUGCACGAUAAAAUCAUGUCCGGCAAGGUGCUUAUACAGUGGCGUCACAACUAUUGUGCCACCCUCGCCAAGCGACGCUACAUGGAUGUGGAGCGUACGCGCAGCCUGCACAUGGAGCUGGCCAAUUUGUUCUUUCCGCAGGACGAGGACGAGAGCACGUUGGAGAACGACUCGACCAGAAGCGAUACAAAGUCUGUCAUCAGCAUGAAGGAGCGCGAGCCGCAGCACAAGGAUAAGGAACGUGAGAAGGAUAACGUUUCGGCUGGCCGUAAAUCAUCGUCAACGCAUCACAACGACGACACAUCCACCUUUUACAAUCCCAUUGCUGCCGAUGUCUCCUACAGCAUGCGGCACGUCGAGGAGAGCUGGCACCAUCUGAUGCGGUCCGAUGACACGACUCGCUUCAAGCAAAUCGCAGUCUGCAAUUUUGAUUUCCUGCUCGCGGCGGUGCAAACGGUAUCGAUUAGCUAUUUGCGCUGCCUAAUCGAGCACGUGCGCUGCUACGUUCUGGAUCGUGACAUCGAGCUCAUUUAUUAUACCAUACGCAAGUCGAGCGAUGUGCUGACGCGCGAUCCCAUGCAGUUGGGCUCACAGCUGGUCUCCUGGCUGCGGCCCAUCGGCGAGCACGACGACGACGACAAUUCGCUGCUGAGCAUGACGGUCCGCUCGGCGACCGCCUGGUGCGAUGGCUAUGCUGUGCCGCUCUUGGUGCCGCUCACGGGCUGGCUGCCGGCGCCGUUGCCCUCGCAGAUACGCACCAUGACGGUGACCGGCACGGGCGUCAUACGCGCCGUUUGCCUAGCGCCAUCCCGCCAGCACUUGAUACUGGCCACCAACUCGGGCGAUGUACAGCAAUGGCACAUCAUGAGCAACUCGCUGGAGCACACCUAUAAGGGACACACUGCGGCAGUCACGUGCCUGCUGGUGGCGCCCCAACAAUCCCAGCUGCUGUUGACCGGCUCCGAGGACACGAGCGUUUUGGUGUGGCACGUGUCGCUGCGCGAAAGACGAGCGCACAUUAAGGCCCACACGGCUGCCAUAACGGGCGUCGCAGCUGGCGUCAAUAACACGCUGAUCAUUAGCAGCAGCGACGAUGCAACAAUUGCCAUCACAGACCUGGCCAGCGGCAAAUUGGUACAUCGCAUUACCUUCCAUCGUGGCCCAGUUACAGGCAUUUUGGUCGCCGGCGCUUGCGAUGUGCUCAUCUCGGGCAGCCACGACAAGAACAUUUGUGUCUGGGAUCUGGAGAACUACACCUUGUUGAACACCAUGCAAAUGACAAGCUCUGUGCUGCGCAUCGAUAUCUCCUGGAAUUCGGUCUUUCUGCUGGCGCUCUGCGAGGACAAUGCGCUAUACGUGCGCACUCUGGCCACUGGCAAGGAGCUGCACACGCUCAAGGGACACAAAUCGCGGGUACGCAGCAUUUGCAUUGGCAAGGACAGCCAGCGCUGUGUGGUGGGCUGCGAGGAUACGCGUGCGCUCAUCUAUGAUAUGCACUCGGGCAAGUUGGUGCGGUCGAUGCCACCGAAUCCGGGUCCCAUGACAGCCGUCUAUGCGAUGGAGAACGAUGACUUCCUGAUCACAGUGGGCGGCAAUAAGAUAACGUUCUAUUCGUUCCGCAACGAGGAGCUCUACGUGAAUCCCUACUCGAGGCAUCCGCGCCGCAAGCGCAGCCUCAAGCGCCACACGCAGGCGCAGCGCUCGCCCUCAACCACACUUCCACCCAUCACAUGCUUCGACUUGUCGCGCGACUCACAGCAGGUGGCCAUUGCCUCCGGCCGGAGUGUGCACCUGAUGCGCAUCAAUACGCCGGAGUAUCAGAGCACUCUGGAGGGCCACACCUGUGUGGUGAACUGUCUCAAGUUUGCGCCAAAUGGCGAAUUUUUGGCCACGGGCGGCGAUGAUCGCUUGGUCCAGGUGUGGACCUUAGCUCUGGGCGAGAUCAAUCACACGUUCAAAGGACACGCAGCACCGGUUAUGCAGCUCGUCGUGCUCAUGGACUCGCUGAGAGUAAUCUCCACAGAUCGCGAGUCUAUGAUGCUCGUGUGGAUGGCCGAUUCGGGCAAUCUGCUGCAGACCAUACAGGGCCCCUAUAAGAAUCUUGCGGCCACCAACAACAUGCGCUUCGCCGUCUCUAGCAACGGCGACAAUACCCUAAAGAUCUGGUCCCUCACGCAGGAGGACGAAAAGUUUUCCGUUUCGCAUUCGGAUGAGAUAACCUGCUUCGAGAUCAGCGCCGACAGCAUUUACAUCAUAACUGGAUCGCGGGAUAUGUCGCUCAAGGUGUGGCAGUCGAUGGGCGGCAAGCUGAGCCAGGUGCUCGUUGGCCACAGCGAUGCGGUCACCUGUGUCGCCGUCUCUGUGACCAAUAAGACGCAAGUCAUCUCCGGCUCAAAGGAUAUGAAUUUAAUUAUCUGGGAUCUGCUGACUGGCGAGGAGGUGCACACGCUGGCUGGCCAUUUGGGCGCUGUCAUUGGCGUCAAGGUGUCUGCCGACGGCUCCACGGCUGUGUCUGGCAGCGAUGACAAGACCUUAAUUGUUUGGGAAACAAAGCGCGGCCUGGCGCUUACCUCGCUGCAGAUGCACGUGCCCUUCACCCACUUCGACAUUAGCCUGGAGGUGUCACGUGUGCUCGUUCAGCUGGUGGAUAGCUACAAUUUGCCCGUCAUCUGUUUGCACAAUACGCCGGCGCAAUAUGUCAAGCUGCCCACCUACUCCGGGCCCAGCAAGGAUGUGGAAGAUUUGCGUCCGCAAGGCCCCAAGCGUCAGAUGAAGCGAUUGCUGAAGAAGGAAGUCUCCCUGGACACCUAUACCUGGCAGAAGAAGUACGGGCAUUUGACCUCGUCCGUUAUGAUGGCUCAGGUGGACGAGCGUUUGAAGCGACGCUUUAGCGUCUCGGCCAGCAUGGAGGAGAUCUCAAAGAUAGCCGAAACCAAGACAGGCGCCUCCCAGGCCAAUCUCGGGCCCGAGCAGGCAGCCCUGGCUCAGUCGCAGCAUUUCGAUCAGCUGGAGGCGCUGUGGAACAAACGUUCGCCGCCUCGGCGGCGCCACAAUGCGGGUCUGUCGCGGCAGACGUCGCUGGUAGAGGACCGCUUAGAGUCCUCCGACGAUGAUGAAUACCAGGAUGAGCGCGCAGGUAUGUUGUCAGCCUCCUACGACCACAUCCAUAUGCUCGCACGCUUGCCCGGCAUCCGAACCCUGCACGAUGCAUGGAAGACCAGUAGUUUGCGUGUCUCUCGCACUCGAACCAAAUUUUAUGUCAGCACGCCACCCCACACCAGCAACAACAACAACAAACCCACCAACAGUACCGACCUCGACAGACCUGACAAUGUCAACAGCUCUAGCUGCGAGGCGGUGCAAGCGAGUGGCAGCCAGGAUGCGCCCGAUUUGGUGCGCGAUCUGCUGCAAGCCGAGCGUCCCGUUACGCUGCGUCAGUUCUUCAAUUGGCCCAGUCUCAAGACGCACUUGUGGCGCAAUCGCCGGCAGCGUCAGUGCCAAUCGCUGCAGCCGCAUUUUCGUCUCAAUGUGCCGCAACGUUUGCGUGCCACGCCCAUUGUUGUGGUCGAGAACUAUGAUUGUCGGCAAGUGCAGCAACUGCGCACCGAUCUAGUGCUGCAUCCACAGACCACACAGGCCACACUCGGCACCAUACUGGCCGAGGAGCCUGCCAAUGUCAGCCAGUCAUCCAAGAAGCUGCGUCGUUCGAGCAGCUCUUGCGGCUUCUGGAGCAAACGCUGGCCGCUCUUUCGCAGCAAGUCGCAGCGAAAAACACGCGUCGCCCCCACCGAACCGACCACUGCCGAUUGCAAUGACUGUGUGACGCAAUGAACCACCAUCACCACCCAAGAACCACUUGCACGAACUGCUACUACUAUAUCUCUGACCAUUCUACACUCUGCACCCACACAACUUUUGCUUAAGUAGUUGUUAGCCAACUUUUACUCUAAACAAUCUGCCCACCCUGCAGGAUAAACAUUUCAUUUGGUAUUUGUAUAAGAUUUGCAUCCUUUUUGUUGUACAUUGAGCAAGGAGCUUCUGCAGUUCUUGCGCUUCCUUAUUUGCAAAAGAAUUUUAAAAUAUUUACCUAAAUUUUUAUAAGCGCACAAAA